CAAUCACCAUCAAGCAUUAACUCAUCCAAGAAGAAAGAUAGUCCAGAUCAUUUCAAGUUCAAAUAUAGUUUUGCAAGUUAUGUUCACCAUGGUGGUUCAUCAAAACCUUUAAUUAGCUCUUUAAUGGAUCUUACAGAUUCUUCAAACAACUUGUCAUUAUUACCAAGAAGAAGAUUGUAUGGUAAUCCAAUAGAGACAUUAUCUAUAAAGAAUGGUGAUGAUGCUAUGAUUGUGUCACCAAAUUUAGUUGGUGUUGCAGAUGGUGUUAGUGGAUGGAGUGGAGCCCAUGCAAAUUCUGGAUUAUUUGCGAGAUCAUUUUUGGAGAAUAUAAGUAGGAAUUUUUCAGAAUUAUCUUUUAAGAAUUCAGAUAAUUUAAACAAUAUUAAAGAGGAGGAUUUAUCCAAAAAUUUAGAUGAUGCUUAUAAAGAUAGUAUUCAAAUUAUGAAAUCUGAAGAUUUUAAAGGUUCUUCAACUUUAUUGAUUGGUAUGAUUAUAGAUAAGACCUUAAAAAUCAUGAAUAUUGGAGAUUCAAAACUUUUUGUUAUUAGAGAUGGAGAAAUUGUUCAAUCAAAUUCUGAACAAUAUAUUGCUAAUUUAUGUCCUGAACAAGUUGGAACUACAAAAACUGAUAAAUUACCAUCAUCAGUUGUGCAAUUUUAUGAUUUCGAAUUACAGCAAGAUGAUUUAAUUCUGGUUUGUUCGGAUGGUGUUACAGAUAAUCUUUACAAUGAUGAAAUUUUAGAAAUCAUCAAUAAGAAGUUGAAUAAAGAAAAAUCUAAUUUACAAGAGGUUUCGAAUUCUUUAUUAUACAAGACAAAAAGUACUGCAUUUGACAAUUAUUGUGUUUGUCCAUAUGUGGAAAAAGUUAAUGAACUGAGUAAUCAAUUCAUAACUGGGGGUAAAAUUGAUGAUAUUUCAAUUUGUAUUUCAAAAGUUUUAUUAAAC